CUUCUCGCCGGUGAGCGAGCAAGAGACUUUGGGACUAGGAAAGUGAGCGGGCCUGGGUGACAACGCCGCGGGGCCGGUCCCGGGGAAGCCGCACACCUGCCCCAACGCCCGCCGAGGAUGGCCUCCACCGCCACCUGCACCAGGUUCACCGACGAGUACCAGCUUUUCGAGGAGCUCGGAAAGGGGGCAUUCUCAGUGGUGAGAAGAUGUAUGAAAAUCCCUACUGGACAAGAGUAUGCUGCCAAAAUUAUCAACACCAAAAAGCUUUCUGCCAGGGAUCAUCAGAAACUGGAAAGGGAAGCUAGAAUCUGCCGUCUUUUGAAACAUCCCAAUAUUGUACGACUUCAUGACAGCAUAUCAGAAGAGGGCUUUCAUUACUUGGUGUUUGAUUUAGUUACUGGAGGUGAACUGUUUGAAGACAUAGUGGCCAGAGAAUAUUACAGUGAAGCUGAUGCCAGUCAUUGCAUUCAGCAGAUCCUGGAGGCUGUGCUACACUGCCAUCAGAUGGGCGUAGUCCAUCGGGACCUGAAGCCUGAGAAUUUGCUUUUAGCUAGCAAAUCUAAGGGAGCAGCUGUGAAACUGGCCGACUUUGGCUUAGCCAUAGAGGUUCAAGGCGACCAGCAGGCAUGGUUUGGUUUUGCUGGCACUCCUGGAUAUCUCUCUCCAGAAGUUUUGCGUAAAGAUCCUUAUGGAAAGCCUGUGGAUAUGUGGGCAUGUGGUGUCAUUUUGUAUAUUCUACUGGUGGGGUAUCCUCCCUUCUGGGACGAGGACCAACACAGACUCUACCAGCAAAUCAAGGCUGGUGCAUAUGAUUUUCCUUCACCAGAAUGGGAUACGGUAACUCCUGAAGCCAAAGACCUCAUCAACAAAAUGCUUACCAUCAACCCUGCCAAACGUAUCACAGCCUCAGAGGCCCUGAAACACCCAUGGAUCUGUCAACGUUCUACUGUUGCUUCCAUGAUGCACAGACAGGAGACUGUUGAUUGCUUGAAGAAAUUUAAUGCUAGACGGAAACUAAAGGGUGCCAUUUUGACAACCAUGCUGGCCACAAGGAAUUUUUCAGCAGCAAAGAGUUUGUUGAAGAAACCAGAUGGAGUAAAGAAAAGGAAGUCCAGUUCGAGUGUUCAGAUGAUGAUAAACAACAAAGCCAACGUGGUAACCAGCCCCAAAGAAAAUAUUCCUACCCCGGCGCUGGAGCCCCAAACUACUGUAAUCCACAACCCUGAUGGAAACAAGGAGUCAACAGAGAGUUCAAAUACAACAAUUGAGGAUGAAGAUAUAAAAGGUAUGAUUGAAUCAGAGAUGAAAAAUCCUAACUCACAAUCCAUAUAUACCAGGAAAAAAACCCAAAAUACACACUUUGGGCAUGUCGUGAAACAUGUUUAG